AUGAAGACCUUAGUUCCCAAGACUUUCCUCCUGCUGCUCCUGGCCAACCUGACCCUGACCAGGCAUCUAGAGGGUUCAAACUCCCUGAGCUAUUUGCAAACUCUCCUCACCUGGCCUGACUUGCUGGAGCCCCAACUCAUCUAUGCUGUCUACUUUAAUGGCAUUCAUAUUGAGAGAUUCAACAGCAGAGAGGAGCCUCCGAGACUGAUGCACUGUGCACCAUGGGUGGAUCAGCAGGAGCCAGAGUAUUGGGACCAGAGGACAGAAGAAGUUCUGAGACUGAUGGCAGCAUACAAGUACAUGCUGAAGAAAAUGCUUCACAUCUACAAUCUAAUUGAAACUGGUGAGUGGACCCGAAUCAGAAAUCCCAAAUUUCAAGCUUCCAGUGGUUUUGCUCCAGUUCCCCAUAUCCAAUAUUUUCCUGAGCAAAAUGUAAGUAAUCACACAAUCCAGAUCCUGAUGGCCUGCGAUGUACUGCCUGGAGGGAACCUCAGUCAUGUACAAUAUGAAUUCAUCUUCAAUGGCCAUGAUUACGUUGUGCUGAACAAGGACCUGAGCACAUGGACUGCAGUUGGCAAGGCAGCUGAAGUGCUGAGGCAAAAUUGGGAGGCGUCAGGUUUUGCAAAAUCUUUGAAGAAUUACUUGCAGUAUGAAGGUGUGAAGUUGGUCCUCAGACAGCUGGUCUAUGGGAAGGAGAUUUUGCUGAGAACAGAUACCCCUAAAAUACACGUGACCCGUAAGGUCAGAGCUAAUGGGAAAAUCACUCUAAGGUGCUGGGCCCUGGACUUCUACCCUGCUGACAUCACCCUGACCUGGCAGAGGGAUAGGAGCAACCAAAGUUUGAAUAUGGAGGUGAUAGAGACCAGGCCUGCAGGAGAUGGAACCUUCCAGAAGUGGGCAUCUGUGGUGGUGCCUUCUGGGAAGGAGCAGAGAUACACAUGUCAUGUAAAUCAUGAAGGGCUGCCUGAGCCCCUGACUCUGAGAUGGGAGCCUCCUCAGCCCUCUGAUCCCAUCAUGCCAAUUGUUACUGGCCUGGUUCUUGGAGCUGUGCUUAUGGGAGCUGUGGUGACUUUUCUGAUAUGGAAGAGGAGGACUAAAGGAUAAGACAGCUGCACUGAGCCUAACGGGAUUUAUUCUGUUUUCUCUUUUCCCACUGUGGCCUCCAAAACUGAUGACUUCUCUUCCUGCAUCUAACUGUGACUGUGUGUCUGUCUCCUUAGAGCACAGUGUGAACAGGUGAUGAGUUCAGCUCUGCCUGAGCAGCAGUAAGUCCCAUCCACACACUGACCAUCAUUCCUUCCUCAGUCAUUAUUGCUGCUCCAACAGAGGCUGGGCUGGCAAACCUCCACCCCUGACUGAACUUUAGUUUUCACUGAGCUACAUCUUCAUGCAUCUUUCUUGAAAUUAAACUUUUUUUUAUGAUUAUGGCACUUCUCUCAGAGUAGAUUUUUGAUUAGUGUGGUAAAGAUGG